AUGGCGCGAUCUCGGUCCGUGUGCUUCUCUGCCUUUCUCUGGGUCGCGAUCGGAGCGUUCUGCAGCCUUUGCUUUAUCCGCCAGCCUCUGGGCGUGCAAAGGCAGCAUGUCAGAGGUGGUGCCAGACGCGCUGAACCGGAGAGGUCAUCCUACGAGUCUUCGCCUGACUGGACCAAGUCUAUCGUAGGAGGCCUGACAGAUGUUGUCCACAGCUUUGGGAACGGAGCCGUUGCUGGGGAGAGAUCCCGUGAAUUCGAUGCGAUCUCUCCCGAGCAGCUCCUGGAGGGCAUCCGAGCAGAUUUCGAAGAACGGCAAUACCUCUGGUCAGGCGAGAUUGACACAGAGCUUUAUGGUGAGUCCUGCAGUUUCACAGAUCCGACAAUUUCGUUCCAAGGCUUGUCCAAGUUCGAAUCCAACAUGCGCAACUUGAAGCCCAUUGUGGAUGCACUCGUUCCGAAAGAGACGCGCAGGUGCAUACUGCGCGAUAUUCAGCUCGAGGAGUCGGGGGAAGUCGUAGCCAAGUGGACCAUGCUUGGGAAGGUGAGCCUUCCGUGGUCCCCGCGCAUUAAUGUCGGAGGCAAAACUCGCUACACACCAGGUGAAGAUGGCCGGAUAGAGUCCUAUUUCGAAAAGUGGGACAUCCCUGCAGGCGAGGCCCUAGGACAGCUUCUGAAGCCGACAAGCAGUGAGGAGGUGGAGCACUGGCCAAACCAGCUGUUGGGUGCUUCGCCACCCGAGCCGAAGCACGUGGCAAAAACGUCGGUCUCUGCGGUCCUGUUUCCGGGUUUCGGAAAUGAUGCCAUUGACUAUUCUGAGCCACUGGGCCAGGAUGAGUCUGUUGGCCUGCAGGCGUGCCUCAGCCGGCGUGGAGUCCAGGCUUCAGUCGUACCGGUCCAGAGGUCGGACUGGCUAAAAGUUUUCGCUGGCUUGCUGCUGGAUGCUGACAGCCGCGCAGGAAAUGGAACUGCCCGAGCAGCCUAUGGUUGGUAUUUGGACCUGGCCAAGGCGAAAGUGGAAGAGACGGUUCUUUCCGGCGGUGAACCCGUCAUCCUCAUCGGCCACAGUGCUGGAGGGUGGUUGGCACGGGCUCUGCUUGACCGAGAGGGCAAGGACUGGGCGCUGAAGCAUGUGCAGGGUCUAGUGUCCCUGGGCACUCCGCAUCGGCCACCCCCGAAGGGGAAGAUGGACAUGACGUUUGGCUGCUUGCGCAAUCUCAACAAAGCACACCCUGGAGCAUACUACUCGGAUGAUCUCUUCUAUGUAUCCGUGGCAGGGGAUGCCGUUACCGGCCAGAAAAUGGAGGGCAAUAUCCCAAUCGUGGAACUCAUCCAGUCACCCUCUCCAGAGUCGACCGCCUGGAACAGUUACGUGGCUUUGGGUGGAGUCGGAAAUGCCACCGGCGAUGGCCUAGUGCCGGUGGACUGGGCACACCUGCAGGGGGCAGAGCAGCUGACAUUGGACGGCUGCCUGCACAGCAUCAAUGUGGCAGGCACCACGCGACCCACCAAUCGCUCUUACCUGUGCGAGUACUUCGUCGAUGCCUGGAUGGAGAAAGUCUUGGGAGGUAUCCAGGAAAGAGUGCCUGAAGUACCAGAAGCAGCUGUCCGGUAA